AUGCCUGUUAACAAAGCACCCGUGAGCAACACAUUACAAAUAACAUCUCCAUCUUAUCUUGAACGAGCCUUAAAAUUAAAAUUACAAAAUUUAAAUAGAAAAAAGACUCCAAAGCCAAGGCCAUCAUUUUCAAUCACAAAUGAAUUCAUCUUGAAAUUUAAUCAAACAAAAAAUUCCACAGAGCACAAGAAAUUGUUAGAAGUAGCUAGAAAAAACAUUCUAAAAUGUAAGAGAAAGCUGGGUCUCAAAACCUUGGGCUGCGGCCGGCACGUCUACCUUCCCGCUGCGUGGACGGAGGUGAUGUAUCUGGCUCAGUGCAAAGGAGAAAUCCAAGAUGAAGCCUUAAACAUGCUUUAUGCUUCCCUGGACCACGCUUGCUUUGAUUAUGAUCACCUGCCUGCCUUGUUUUUUGUCGCGGAAUCCGUUUUACAUAGACUCUGCUGCGACGCGUCCCUGAAGACGUACUUAUAUUCAGUGGAGAUAAAGCUGACAAAGAUUGGCUAUUUGGUUUUCUUACGACUUUUUAUAUUUUUCCUGCAUGGUUACCUAGAAAAUUUUAAACAACAUUUACUUAGGCUUCAGCCAUAUUUACGUGCACUUUAUUUCUGCAACGAAUCAUAUCAGAAGUAUCCAAACAUCUUUUCAAAUGUGCAAUUCAUCCUGAAAACCUCAGAAGUUAUAUGUAAAAGAGAAAUGCCUUCUGAAUCAAUCUUUGGCCCUGUGAAAAUAUAUGAGAACACAGAUUCCUAUACGAAACGUUCGCAAUCUAAUCAAGGAUAUCAAGUUAGCCACCUGCUCUGGCACUGUGUUUCUGCGUGGUCUUGUGUUCAGAAUAACAGUCCUCAGCUGAAUAAUGUGCUGAAACAUCUCCUCUUUCACAAAACAGAGCUUCUAACGAACUGCUGGUUGGAUUCAGGGCUGGCUCUGUUGAUCCUUGGGGAGGCUGCCAAAUUAAACAUGGCCUGCUUGAAAGUUUUAAUGGACAUAGUGAGAGAUUUUCUUUCAACAGUUAUGUCUGUUCAGAAUCAGAAUAAAAGCUGCAAGGUAGAUGAUUUUUCCUGGGCCUGGAAUAUAGUGUACCUAUACACAACAAUUCUUGCAGAAAUCUGCUUGUUUGCAGCAACUUCUGAUUUGCGAAAAACUGCUUUUGUUGGUUUCUGCAAAUGUAAAAGUUCACAGAAAAAUAUUUUACUCAUGGAAAAAUCAGAAAAACAGCCAGAAUUAUGUGAAACAAGUAUUUUAGGACUUUUGGAAUAUUUCUCUUCAACAAUAUCAGAUAAUUGUGAUCAAGUGAUCUGGACUGGAUACUAUGGCCUAGUGUAUAACCUGGUGAAAAUGUGGGAACUUCAGAGAGAUGAAGAACAGGAUGGAUUUACAAACAUAACGUGGCAGACACUGCAGAAAAUAAAAGAUAAUGAGAAAGAUGCACGAAUCCAAAAUGCAACUCAUAUAGCUCAGGCUGAGUUAAAUGAUCCAACUGAUCCUUUCAGUAGGUAUAGUACAAAAGUUUUAUCAAAUGUACAGGAAGAAGUUUUUGCCAAAUAUAUUGCAUGGAGAAUUGCCAGUGCACUUUCCAAACUAUUUUUUUACUCCACUGAUGUCCGCAUCCCUUCUUUGAAGAAGUCAUCUAUAAAACGGGAUCAAAUGAAACAUCUGACUACAAAAUCAGAGCCCAUGAAGAAGAGAGUUCUACGUUUUACUGUAAGGGACCAUGAUUCUGUAGUAGACUUCCCCCUGUUUCCAUAUCCGGAUUUCUUCACCAAAGCAGAUAAAGAGCUGGCAGAAGUCGUUGACCAUCACUGGGAAGAAGAACUAAAGAACCGACAGAGACAAGACGCGAUAUGUGAGGCCCAGGAACGGAAAGAUAAAGAGUUAGAGGAGAAAAUGCACUUCCGAGAAAUUAUGAGGAAAAGACAAGAGCUGCUCCAUAAGCAGACCAAGCCCUACGAGCUUCCCACCACGACCGAAGUCACCGUGGUAGAAAGGGAAAACGACAGCCCCAAAUUGAGAUCUUCGUGCAGAAAUUUAUAGCACAAAAGACACUAAGACAGCUACGUGGUAGGAAAAACUUAUUUAUAAUUAACUUGUGGCUUUUUUUUUGUUUGUUUAGAAAAGAGUUGUUAUUCUGGUGUCAGCUGUUUGCUGGCCAUGUCCUA